CAGAUUUGUCUGAAAGGAAAGGUGCAUAUAUUCAAGUUUUUGAAUAUUCAUGCAUGCUGCAGGACAGAAAAGAAGCCCGAUUCACUGGACUUGCCCUCGUUAGUGAAAAGACUUCCCUCACAACCUCUCACAGACAGCAUUGAAGACUUUUACCCAAGUAAAAAUCAUGGUCCUGACUCUGGGAUUGGUAGCGAUAAUGGGGAUAAACGUCUUUCAACGACAGAACCUUCAGACGAUGAUACAAUCAGCCUUCACUCUCAGGUAUCGGAAUCAAGAGAUCAGGCUCUGAAAAAUGACAAUCACAUAAUAGGGAAUAAACAGGAGUCCCAUAAAGAUCAGGAUGGCUAUGAAUAUGAUCCCAAUGGUGAAGAUGCUACUCUGUCAGAUCAUGGUGAUGUACAGCUUAGCGGUCCUUUUGUUUCUUAUAUUAAGGAACGUGGAAAGCUUUGUGACAAAUUGGAGAAGGCAGAAGAGAAUGAUGAAUGGGAAGAAGAGCAAAGGCUUCAAAAAGAGCAGCUAUUAGUAGAGGCGGAGGAAGAAGAUGAAAUAAAAGAAGUUACAGAUCUGAGGAAAAUAGCAGCACAGUUACUACAGCAGGAAAAGCACAACAGACGGAGACCAUUAAGUUAUAGAACUUCAUUCAGUGAAAAGCUCUUCCAGAGGACGAGAGCCGCUGGGCGGGCUUCAAGUGGCCCACCUGGAGACCACUCCCAAUUGUCACCAUGCAGCUGGCCGGGAGGAGAAAAGGAUAGAAGUAAUGAGCGAGGCUGGCCAGUAGCAGAGAGUGCAGUGUGGCAGACAGAAGAAAGGCGAAGGUCUAAGCAGACAAGGAAGGAAUAUUUCAAGUACAAGUCUUCUCGGAAAUGCUCAAGUGGAAACGAUAAUGAUGAGGACUGUGAAAGGUCACACAGUAGCUCUCCAACGCCAUUUGGAUUAAAGCCAAGGUCAGCUUUUAGCCGUUCCUCUCGACAAGAAUAUGGGUCUGUAGAUCCGGGCUUCACGAUGAGAAGGAAGAUGGAGCAUCUAAGAGAAGAGAGAGAGCAGAUAAACCAGCUGCGUAAUAAUCUUGAGUCCAGGCUUAAGGUCAUUUUACCAGAUGACAUUGGAGGAGCACUUAUGGAUGGUGUUGUGUUGUGCCAUCUUGCUAACCAUAUACGACCCCGUUCAGUUGCCAGCAUUCAUGUUCCAUCACCAGCAGUGCCUAAACUCAGCAUGGCAAAAUGCAGGCGCAAUGUGGAAAACUUUCUGGAUGCGUGUAAAAAACUUGGAGUUCCACAGGACAAGCUGUGUUUACCCCACCACAUCUUAGAAGAGAGGGGAUUAGUAAAAGUUGGAAUCACAGUUCAGGCACUGUUAGAACUUCCACUGCUGAGAGCUUCGCAACUUUCUUCAGUUUAA